CAUUAGCCGCUGCGCCGACUGUGCGUGCUGCGUGCUAGUUGCCAGACUGACCGAGCGCGAUUGAUCUCGUGGUAUCAAAAAAUCGUGGGUACCCAGGAAACGAUUUUGUAUGCCGUCCGUGUUCGCGACCCGUACACGAGGCACUUGCAUGUCAGCUCGCGUCGACGUCGACCGCGCGAUCUAACUAUGAUCAAAUUAUUCUCGUUGAAACAAGCGAAAAAAGAUGGCGAGUCACCCAAGGCUGGCACCCAGAAGAAGGCAUCCGCGGCACAGCUGAGGAUCACAAAAGACAUAAACGAGCUCAAUCUCCCAAAAACAUGCGGCACAGAAUUCCCGGAUCCUGAUGAUUUGCUAAGUUUUAAAUUAAUCAUCUGUCCAGAUGAAGGAUUUUACAAAGGCGGUAGAUUUGUAUUUAGUUUCAAAGUCGGACCCAAUUAUCCACAUGAACCACCUAAGGUGAAAUGCGAGACUCAAGUUUAUCAUCCUAACAUCGAUUUGGAUGGUAAUGUGUGCCUCAAUAUUUUGAGAGAGGACUGGAAGCCUGUACUCACGAUCAAUUCCAUUGUCUAUGGUCUCCAGUAUCUCUUUCUAGAACCAAAUCCUGAGGAUCCGUUAAAUAAGGAUGCAGCUGAAGUAUUACAGAACAACAGAAGGGCUUUUGAACAAAAUGUAGCUAAAGCGAUGCGAGGUGGUUACGUAGGAUCCUAUUAUUUUGAACGGUGUCUCAAGUGAUACAGUGCCUCACCGUCAAUACUGUACACGCUUCAAGGACUCACUGUAGGUGAAGAGAUCCUAAACUAUGGAAUGAAUGUAGGAUCGCACAAUGUCCUCAUUGUCACUUGCGUGAUAACAUUAACAUAUUUACUUUCUUUAUGUCUUGCCAGGCCUAUAUACAUUUAAUUGGAACACCUUUUUUUCAUUAGUAAAUCUCAAGUGAAUUGAAUUCAUUAUUGAAUUUAUUGUUUUCGAUGAUUAUUGAAAUGUUUAUUGGCUAUGGCAUUAUUUUAGUGAAUUUGAAGUGCAGUGUUGAAGGGAUCGUAGGAUUAUAGUUUGACAUUUGGCAGAUAAUAGAUGUUACAAUGUGAGAUAUCUAAUUGUGUUGCAUACAAUGCAUUGCAAUUCUGGAACUGAGAUUAGGAAGCUCCUGGAUCCUGAAUUUUUAAAUCCGUUUUUUGUGUUUUAUAGACACCUUAAUUUAUGAAAUAUUUAUUUUCUAGGGCGUGCAACCCAUUUUCGCGAUAAUUUUUCACCGUAGCAUCUAUUGAAAUCUGCUUUUCAUUUAAAUAUAUGUACAAGUAACUUAUGUAUUGACUGAGAAUGGAAUAUAAGGCUGUUACAAAACUGCAA